AUGGCAGCAUCCUCGUCUCCUGCCGUCGUUACCUCGCGCUCACUUGUGCCUCCUGCUUCUCUUGUUGUUUCAGAUGUGCAACUGGAUGAUGAUGGGGUGUCGGUCGUCUCUACUUUCUUGCUUCGACGUUUGUUCGAGUAUCGCGGAGUAUCUCGAGAGCGGUUUACCGCGUCUCAGCAGUAUCCAGCUGGAGUAUCUUUGUCGGUGUCCGCUCCUACCCUGCGUCACUUGAUUGACCAUUUCCCCAUGAUGACUUGCGCUCAUUUUGAUGAUUUGGCUUGUUCUCAUUCGGUGUCAGUCAAGGCUUCUAAUACGCGGGAUUAUGUUCGCGAUUUACUUCCUGUCCAUUUGUGUACUGUCCAAUGUAGUGGAUUAUCCUUUGUCUUCAAGCAUUUGCUCCAUGCAAGACGUCGCUUGGCUCCUGAAGUUCUCCCUGAGCCUUUUACACAGUCAAGCGAGCAGACACGUGCUCUUGUGAAGGCCUCAUCUUUGGCCACUAUGCCUGACAUCCGACAUCUCGCUACUCGUGAACAGGAUCUUGCCGUGCAUCAUCGUGCACGUGCCACUCAUGUUCCUGCUGAAGAUGACAUGCAGUUUCCAAUGAUUUGUACGAUGGCCGAUAAGAUGCGCAUCAUUGCCGAAUGGCAAGAGCGGAUGUCGCCUGCUAACCAGAAAAGAGGCGCGUGUGCCGUAUGUGCACAUCAUGUCCGUGCGUCUGACUUGGUUCCUGUUGAGGUUUCCAGACUCCCGCUUUCUCUUUUGCAAAACGAAUGUUUACCAGAGCGUUCAUGUCAACAUUGGAUUGCCAUUGUGAUCGCUUAG